AUGCCCACCUCGCCGAAGGAGUCGCAUGUUUCCGAUGCCGAGGGAGGUGAGCGACCUCUGAGGGAAAGACUGAGAAAUGCCUCCAUCAAGAGCACUCCUCAAAUCUCCAACACGACCGCAACCUCCCAGCCCGAGCCCGAAAAGGCCCGCGCCAAAUUGCACCGAAAGCGGAGCCACGAAGACGUCGAGAACCUAGAGGAAGAGCCCGCGCAUAAGAGCAGACAAGCUCGCACGAACAAGAGAUCUAGGGAGAACUCGCCUGAGGACAAGAUCGUCGAGCAGUCCGCCAAGCGCAAAUCUGACGAACUCGAAAGAGACGAUCAACCCGUGGCAGUAGACCCUCCUCAGCAGUCAGCACCAUCUGUCUCGACCGCCAAUACAACCGAACCAGACGACUUGACCAAGUCCGAUGAGAGCCCAAAGACGAAGCGCAGCAGGGUCGAUGAGACGACCAGCACCGACACAACCUCAAAGACGGCAUCAGACGCAAAGGCAACCAUCGAACUCGAAGGAAAGACUGCCACUGAAGAACCGGCACAGCAGGCUCAGCCAACAACCAAGAUUCCUGCUGGAAGUGGGUUCGCAAACACAUCUGCAUCCUCACCAUUCGCUUCUCUAGCCACCGCUAAAUCACCCUCGGAACAAUCCCAACCUACGACCAGUGCUUUUGCUUCGUCUGCGUUCGGCGCCCUUGCUGGUUCUUCCACAUCAGCUUUCGGCGCACUAGGUCAGAGUAAGACUUUGUCUAGCUUUGCAAGCCCUGGCAGUACGCCUGCACCUGGCGAGGACAGCGCAAAGCCAGCGCCGAGUGCUUUCGGUGGUCUUCCAUCGACAGCUUCCCCUUUCGCGACUGCUGGCUCUUCAGGCUUCGGUUCUGGUGCUUCUGGAUUCGGAGUACUCGGCAAUGGUUUCGGUGGUGGCUUCGGAGGUCUGGGCGGCGGUUCUAAACUGACCAGCUUCGCGAGCAGCGGGACUCCUGGCGUCAUUGGAUCGAGCACGAAGACAGGAAUCACAGCAUUCGGCGCGCCUGCUGACGAAGAGGAGGAACAGUCUGGAGACGAUGGCGAGGAUGAUUCUGGAGUUAAGAGCCCAAAGCUCAUCGUCGACGAGGACAAGAAGGACGAGCGCUUCUUCGAGCAAGACAUCGAAACUGGUGAAGAAGGAGAAACCACUCAAUACACAUGUCGCGCCAAGCUGUAUAACUUUGUGGACAAGAAGGAAUGGAAAGAGCGUGGAGUGGGUGUUCUCCGUUUGAAUGUGACCGAACCAAAGUCGGGCGAUGAGAAUUCGACACUGAAGGCCAGACUUGUCAUGCGUGCAGAUGGCUCACACCGCGUUGUCCUCAACACGCCUAUUCAGAAGGGUCUCAAGUUUGGCGACGUCCACGGCGCAAAGCCCACUGGACAUUUCAUGACUUUUGUUGGUUCUCUGGAAGGCAAGCCUCAACUCGAGAUUCUCCAGAUGAAGGUAUGA